AUGGGGAUUGCCAAUGCCACAAGUACAUAUGCGAAUAUACGUAUAUGUAAUGACGAACACCUUAUAGCUUUGGGAAAAAAAACUACUAAAUUAACUGAUAUUUAUAUACAAAAGAAACCAGAACUUAUUGAACUAUGCAAAUCUAAACAAUUAAAAAGUGUAGGAACCGUAGAUAACCUAAGGGCUAGAUUAUCUAGAUACUAUAAGGGGAUCGUAGAAUUAGACGACAUCGAAGAAACUUUAAGCGAUCAACAAAAACUCAAAAUUCAAAAGGAUUCAACCGAAGACAGAAUUGAUAUUAAAGAAUUACUUACACAGAGCAGUUCAAGUGAUUCAAGUCCAGAAACAACUAAAAGCGCCAGAUACUCAAUAAUAUUAAAAAACAAAUUAGAAAAUAGAAAACAGAACGAUUUAGAAUCAAUUUCUAGUUUUGUUACAGAAAUAGAAUACCUGUGUAGCCAAGUACAAAAAGAUAUGAAAGAGGAAGAGAUUUGCGUGUACAUACUAAAGGGUAUUAGGGAACCUAUACUACACGCAAUUUCACUGCAUGAUAAUAGUACUUUAAAAAAAUUGAAAGAAAAUUUAAAAAAAUAUGAACUGAUGCAAUUUAGAAUUAAUUCUAGAAGUUCAGGUAUCAGCGAUUUUACGGAAAUCUUAAAUAAACAAGUAAUGCAACUAAACAAUGAAACUAAAGACAGCAUUCAAGAAAUAAAACGAUUAAAUAGAAAAUUAGAAGGAGUGGACAGCUAUCAUAAAAAUAAAAUCGAUCAACUUUGUACCAAAAUCGAUCAACUGUGUACCGAAAUGCAUAAUUUUAAAAAAUACGACAAGACCGUCAAUUUUGAAGAUAGAUCACGCACGAGAGACAAAAGUCCAUAUCCAGGAAAAGCAGAUCACGACGGCAGGAACAAUUAUAGGGAAAAGAGUCCUCAUUCCGAUAGAUAUAACGACAAUAGGUUCAGAGAUAAUAACAGAAAUACAGGAAAUAGUAGAGACAGGUCUUAUUCGAGGGACAGGGGAAAUUCAUUCAAUAGGUCCAGCAGAGAAAUGCGUAAUAAUAGAGAUAUGUCUUACGACAGAUCCAGAGAUACAAGCAGAAAUCGAUAUAACAACAGAAAUCGUGAAAAUGAAGCAAAUAGGAAAAGGAAACAGCAACGUAGGGACAAUAGCAGGGACAGAUACUCAAGAUCCACAACGCCGGAAAAACUUAACAGAAGAGAAAACAUAACAUGCUACAUAAAUGCUAUGAAAAUGGACACUAUGCUAACGAUUGCAAUUUUUCAAAAAACGAAUAGCACCCGAGCUAAGAAAAAAAUCGGAAUAUCUAACUCGGGGAAUAAAUAG